AAUUUGUAUAUUUUACCUUAUACUUUUUAUGCCUUAUUUCUUAUCUUUUUCGCCAGAUAACAGAUAACAGCCAGUGAAGAGUAUCGAAGAGACCCGACCCAUGGGCAAUGUCUUACACUUAAUCCAAAUUAUUAAUAUUCCUUUUACUAAUCCUGACUAUCUUGUUUCGCCCUCAAGGUGGAGAACGGCGACCAACUGGAGACCAUCACCAUGUCGCCGGGAAUGCACCAGAUGAUGAUCCAGGGAGGGCCCGGCCAAGAGCCCCAGCUGGUGCAGGUGGUCAGCCUGAAGGACGCCACUCUGCUGAGCAAGGCCAUGGAGGCGAUAAAUUCCGGCAACGUCAAGUCCGAGGACACGAUCAUCAUGGAACAAUAGCUGGAGCCCAUAGACGGCAUGAUCUCGCCCGGACUGAGCGAGUGACGUGCCGUGUUUGAGCAUCCCGGCUCCCAUCCCCAUACUUAGGGUUCCUUUUACCCCCACCAAGAGGAUGUUUUCCUAGUACCUGAAAGGUGUUGCUAACGGAGGAAGGAACCCCUCGGACUCGUCAAUCCAACCAUGAACCAUGAACCAUGAACCAUCAACCAUCUAAUCAUCGCAUGUCUAGUCAAGAGAGCGUGCUCUGUAUAAAGCGAUCAAUCAGUCUAGUCUUCGUAUAGAAAAUUAUCUUUAAUUAUUCGUAACUCCCCUAAUCCUAAAUCAUUCUUUUAGUGUUAUUUUUGUGCUUUUUUUUGCUCUAUAAAUAGUUCAAUUCUGGGCUGGAUACUCAUAGCUAUAAUAUCGUAACAUACAUAUGCCUAGACCUAAGCAUUAUAGGCGUUACUUGUACGUACAACCCCAGAUAUAUACUCGUAUAUAUACCCGUGUAACGUUUGCAAUAACUAACCAAUGGAAUAUUCUGAGAGGCGAGAGUCGUGAGGCGAGAGGCGAGAGUCAGGCAGAGAUUACAAAUUAAACGUACGAUCUAGGACAACUGAUAACGAACCCAUGCAAUGUAAACAGAGAGCAUCACUUUAAACUUAAUUAACUACUUAAUUACUAACGAUAACGAAACCUAAUUAUCGAAUAAACCAUAAAGUGUA